CGUAAACCUGUAUUGAUAUAAGAACAGAACAUUGUUCGAGUGGACUGACUGCCUGAAAGCUAAACGUUAAAGGGGCGUUUUUUUUUUUUUCGCUAUACGUUGUGCUCCAUGGAUCCAGACACUGAAGUAGAAAGCAUCCUCAGAAGGAAUGACCAAGAGAUAAACAGGAACGGGUGGAAGAGGCCACUCUCCAGCUAUGGCUCAAUGAAGAGUGAUGAUGAUGAGGAGGAGGAAAAAGAAGAGGAAAUGGAGACAGGGGUUGUUGAGGUCGGACCUAAAAAAGUUGCAGUACUACAACGUCCAACAACUGCUCACCAGUCUACAGGGUUGCGACGGAUUCGCUCAGAAUCUCCAGAGACCUUGUACACCUUUACCACCCAAGAGACCAAACCACCCCAAGCUGUUGUCAUAGACACCAGACAUGAUCAUCAGCAGUGUGAUCAGGAAGAGGAGCAGGAGGAAAUUUUGAUAGCUACAUCCCCAGAGCCCCCUGAGCCCCCUGAACCAGAGGAAGAGUCACAGAUGGAUGAAAAUGGCAGCCUGGAAGCUUCCACCCAGAACAGGACAUGCCUCAUAUUUUCAAGAUAUCUUGAAUACUCUGAAGGAGCUCAACGCAUGGAGGUGAUGCUAUUUAAGAUGCGGUUUCAGCAGUGGCAGCCAGAUGUCAGCCUGACACAGGUGAUGGACGGAGACAUACUGGAUUUAGGGACAAGAUAA